AUGGAUCCAGCAGUUCUUGCUGAUGAAGAUCCUUUUGGGAGGCCAGCGAUCUUAACCAUCCUGUCCAGGAAGGCGACAGCCUUACAGUCUCUAAGCCAAUCCAUCCAUAUUCUAAACCUUCUCUCUCUACGCUCUGUAACGCACCCAAGUUUCACCAAGUUUCCGGACAGAGGUUUAGCAGCUGGAAUGGUAAUUAAUGCACAAACAGACAAUGACCCUCACAUCCAGUAUUGCCAACAACUGCACCCCUCCCAUUACAGCAGCAAGAUCAGCACAUCUUGCCGCAGUGGUGUGGAUGAAGACGCCAACAGCAAACAGCCCAAGAGCCUCAAGCAAGAGGUGCAGCAAUCAGAGAAACAGGCAGUGAAGUGGCUACGGUCAGCCUUUCGCUCGGAUUCUCGAGAGAAGAUCGAGCAAACUUGGCGUGAGCGCAGUGAGAUGAAAGGGUCAUGGAGACAAGCCGUGGCGAUGGCCUCCGAGUUUUGCCCUGGGCCUCUUUUGUCUCGUGUGGAAUUUUCAGCCUUCUCUGGAACCCAAAUGCUCCAUCUGGCUCGCUUUUCCAUGUCUCUAAGGAGUCACUGGCAAGCGGACAGACAGCUGGUGAGAAACGUAAACCCGAUGGCCUCCUCGUCGCUUCGGGCCUUAGUUGAAGUCGCCUCAGGGGUUCGGCUCACCGAUCAAAUGCUCGACGCGCAUUGCAUAUCGGCUGCGCACGACCGCUCCUUUGACCUUGUCUACAACAACAGUCAGAGAUUCUGCAGUCAGGUUCUGCAGCGUCUCGUUUACAACAGGGUAAUCACUCAGAGCCAAUUCGAUGAGUUAGCUAUGAAGGGAUUUCAGCCGCUCGUCUAA